UUAAUUCAAAAUCAAAAAUCAAAAUUUCCGUUGCCUUUAUAACUUUCUCCUAUUUCCAAUUCUCACUUCAUUGUCUUUCGCGUCGGUGUUAAGCUUCGUUUCUCAUAUUCGCUCGCUAGCUUUGUUUUUCUCUUACAGAUCCAUUUUCGAAUCCUUCUCCAGAGAGCGUAAGGAUCGACGGUUGAGAAGCGGAAAUGGGGUUGACAUUCACGAAGCUUUUCAGCCGGCUUUUUGCUAAGAAGGAAAUGCGAAUUCUGAUGGUGGGUCUUGAUGCUGCUGGUAAGACUACAAUCCUCUACAAGCUCAAGCUUGGAGAGAUCGUCACCACAAUUCCCACUAUUGGAUUUAAUGUUGAAACUGUGGAAUACAAAAACAUCAGCUUCACCGUGUGGGAUGUUGGUGGUCAGGACAAGAUUCGUCCGUUGUGGAGGCACUACUUCCAAAACACUCAAGGUCUCAUUUUUGUGGUGGACAGCAAUGACAGAGACCGUAUUGUUGAGGCCAGGGAUGAGUUGCAUAGGAUGUUGAAUGAGGAUGAGUUGCGAGAUGCUGUGUUGCUUGUAUUUGCUAAUAAGCAGGAUCUUCCCAAUGCAAUGAAUGCUGCUGAAAUCACUGACAAGCUUGGGCUACACUCUCUCCGCCAGCGUCACUGGUACAUCCAGAGCACCUGUGCAACCUCUGGUGAGGGGCUCUAUGAGGGCUUGGACUGGCUCUCCAAUAAUAUUGCUAACAGGGCAUAGUCAAACAAUGAGACAUUUUGUGGAUUGGCAAUUCUGGAUGCAGGGUGAAUAUUAUCUAGUGUUUUUCUUUUUCUUUUUGAGAGAACUGGAUUGUGUUUAAGUCUCUUUUACCUUUGGGAAUGAUCCUUCCAUCUAGGACCAUUUUAUGGUUAUAAUGUAAUAGAAUAUGGGUUGGAAAUACUAUUGAGCAGUUUUCUGCAUUUGGUUGAAACGCUUCUAUUUGUAAUUGAAAUGCAUUUUGUGCUCCAUUCCUUUUUGUAUUA